GCUUCAGGAUGAACGAAGAGAAGUCAGAGCAAAUUAGAAGCGUUUUGGAAAAGGUUUUUAAACAUUCGGAUUUUAGAACAAAUCUACAAAGAGAAGCUAUAGAAGCGGUUGUCAUAGGUAAGUUUGAUGCAUUUAUCUCCAUGCCAACAGGGGCUGGCAAGUCACUAUGUUACCAAUUACCAGCAGUUCUGGCUGGUGGGAUAUCCUUGGUUGUCUCCCCGUUGAUCGCUCUGAUGCAAGAUCAGCUAACUAGUUUACAGGAACUAAACAUUCCAGCAGAGACUGUCAAUUCGAAAAUGACCGUCGAGGAAAGAAAGCGAGUAUUUUCAGACUUGAACUCUGACAAUCCGAAAACACGGCUGCUGUACAUAACACCUGAACUGGCAGCUCAGCAAUAUUUUCAAGCUCUGGUCACAAACUUACAAAAGAGAAAGAUUCUUAAGUAUUUUAUUGUGGAUGAAGCUCAUUGUGUUUCACAGUGGGGACACGAUUUUCGCCCUGACUACCUCAAACUGGGCUUUCUACGUGAGAAGAUGGCGGACGUGGUCUGUGUGGCUCUCACGGCCACAGCCACACCCCAAGUGGUUGAUGAUAUUAAAACGUCACUAAAAUUGACACGGCCUGUGUUGACGUUUAAGUCUAGUUCCUUCAGGAAUAAUCUCUUCUACGAAAUCGUUCUAAAAGAAUCUCUGCGGGAUCCAGUAGAUGAUCUGAAGAAAUUUGCAGAGAAAUGUUUGGGAGGACUGGCUGACGAUGGGAACUGGAAUCAGUAUGGCUGUGGAAUCAUCUAUUGUCGCACUCGAGAAGCCUGCACGGAGUUAGCUGGACGAUUAAGUAACAAGGGUAUACCCUGCAAACCUUACCACGCUGGCCUGAAGGCUUCGGACCGAUCAGCCACCCAGACGGACUGGAUGGAGGGGCGGGUACCCGUCAUAGCUGCCACCAUCAGCUUCGGAAUGGGCGUAGAUAAGGCUAAUGUCAGGUUCGUAGCUCACUGGACAGUUCCGAAGUCCAUGGCGGGGUACUACCAGGAGUCGGGUCGAGCAGGCAGGGACAGACAAUCCUCAUUCUGUCGCAUGUACUACUCCCAGCAGGAGAGAAACACUGUGGCAUUCCUCUUGAAAAAAGAGGCCAACAGACCAAAUAAAAAUCCAGCUGUUGCAAAAGCAAGAGCUAAGGCAUCCCAGGAUGCUCUUGACGCCUUGGUUAAGUUUUGCGAGGAACCAAAAUGUCGUCACUGGGCCAUAGCCUGCUACUUUGGAGAUGAGAAGCCUAAUUGUAACAAGUCGUGUGACGUUUGUGCAUUUCCAAAACGUGUGUCGCAGUUAGUGGACGACCUGCAGAAAGGCGUAUUUGUCAAAAACGGCAGGUACGGGGGCGGUGGUUUUAUGAUGGUAUCUGAUGACCCAGACCCUGAGCUGUACGGAGGUGGGCGCAAAGGCCAGAAACGAGAGUUAGAGCAGUAUGAUAAUAGUGACGAAGAAGGCCCAGAUUAUGAGGCAAGAGAGAAAUUAGCCAGAGAGAGGCUGAUCCGUGCCCAGUUCAAGAAAAGGAAAGCUGGACGUGCUCCUGCGCCAAGAGAGGAACAGUUUGUACCUCCAAGUUUUACCUGCCCACUGAUAGAAGCAUCCAGUCAGAAAAUACCCAAACUAACAGUAAAGGCCAGGGAGCACUGUCUGCAGAUGAUCGACGAAGCUCUCAGUAAGAAUGUGAAGGAGGUGUUCAAAGAGUACCCUAACAAACUACUGGCCUUACUGGACGAUGUCAGACCACGGGCUUUAGAGCUGGAGCACCAGGCCUUAACCACCUGCAAACUGGCCAAUAGCUACAAGGCUACCAUCAUGAAGACUGUGGGAGAGAUUCGCAAAUUGUCCACGCUGUCUGAGCUCCACCCGGCCCUAGUGCCGAAACCCUCCAGUGGCACUUUGGAGGACAUGGAAGACAGAGUGCCAAGUCCUGUGACUUGUGAAAAGGCAUCUUCUUUUGUCACAGCAGGACAGUUACUGGAGGAAAAGACGGCCUGUAGCAAGAAAGAAACGAAGUCCAUGUUUGUUAAAGCUUCCCAACUAGUCAACAACACAACCACCAAGGUUGAGGCAAAUUGUUUAAAAGGUCAUAAGAUUGAUUCACUUAAAUCAGAAAGUUUUAAGACUGAUACUCUCAAAUCAAAAAGUUUUAAGACUGAUACUCUUACAUCUGAAAGUUUCAAGACUCAUUCGUUUAAACCAGGAGACUCAAAAGGUGAACCAAAGGUAUCCAGGACAGUUCAUUCCAUGGAGAAAAAGAUGGAGAAAGGCAGAAAUAAUAAGCCCAGUACAUCGAAAAGUUGUGUCCGGUUCAAUAGCAAUCAGCCAAAAAUUAAAUAUUUCUUUGAAAAUGAAGCCGAGAAAGGUGAUAAAUCAGAGGAAGUGAAACCUGUGAAGUUGAAUUCUGUCCAAGAGACACACAUUGGUGACAAAUCUGCGAAAGGUUCAAGUAGCCAUUCGAGAAGUGGUAAUGAGGAUAAGAAAAGGAAAAGUGAUGUCAGGCCGAGUAGUUAUUCUGCUGGCAGUAAAGGUGCUUCAUCCAAACAGGCUAAACAACCUACAGCAGUUGCGAAGUUUUUUGAAAAACCCAAAGCAUCAUCAGAAGAAGCUCCAAACGUUACAGCUCAGCCGGCUGGGAAUGGUCUGAGAAGUGCAGCUGACCUCAUUGUGAAAUAUCUUAACCCGUACUACAAACAGGGCAGGUUUGCUUCCAAGUGAAAGAUGGGGCUAAAAAACUGGUGCACGACUUCUUCAAAAUCUGUGUGAAAGUGAAGACAGAGGGUGAUGUCAAGAAAACAGGGUCUAUCCGUUUGUGACAAAAGAGGCCUAUAUCAGGCAUCACAAGCCAAAUGAAGUCUGUGACAAAAUUCCUUACUGUGCAAUUCCAGAUCAUGCAAACCGUACAGUCAAUUUUGCAACAGUAUAAGACACAUAAUACAUGAAAGUGCAUGUUGAUUGCAAAGUGUAGUUUGAAUACCGAUGGAAGUGAACCAUGGCUGAAUGAACAAGGUGCUUGACAUGCAACUUCUAUGACAAAUGAGGGGCUGGUUGUUGGACAAGGAAU